GCAAGCUGAGGCCAUCUGCCCGAAAAAAAGCUCGUCCGUGCAUGACCUCGCAUCUCACCAAAAAACAUCGCCUGACGAAGGAGCUGCCUGGCCGCCAGCCGCGCCGGUUUAUCAAUUGGACCAAUCUCCCCUCCAGACUUUGUGCUGAGCCCGAUCUGCGACCGACCGAGUCAAUUCAAUUGCCCGAUAUGUCGUCCAUCCUGCGCAACUCGCUGGUGCGCGCCUCUCGGCAUUCGGCCACCACGGCCCUCGGCUACCGCGCCGCCUCGACGCACGCCAUCUCGAACCCGACGCUGGCCAACAUCGAGAAGAGAUGGGAGGGCAUGCCGCUGCAGGAGCAGGCCGAGCUCUGGAUGGCCCUGCGCGACCGGAUGAAGGGCAACUGGGCGGAUCUGACUCUUCAGGAGAAGAAGGCCGCCUACUUCGUGGCCUUUGGCCCCCAUGGCCCUCGUGCCCUUGACCCUCCCGGUGAGAACAAGAAGGUUGCCAUCUACACCGCCGUCGGCGUCGGCUUCAGCCUCCUCCUCUUCGCCAUUGUUCGGGCUUUCGCCAACCCGCCACCGCGUACCAUGACCAAGGAGUGGCAGGAGGCCACCAACGAGUACCUGAAGAGCCAAAAGGCCGACCCUCUCACCGGUCUCACCUCAGAAGGCUACUCGGGCAAGGGCCAUGUGCAGUCUCCUCCGGCGAAGGCAUAAAGCGAAUACAAUUUCUUUUGUCAGUAGACGCAACUUCCUACACCGGGAGCUGCUCGGGUUGAGGAAGCCGGAGAAGGACUUCGGGGGGGACGGAGCAUGGGGGACUACAGGGGCUGAUAUUGGAUGGUGUAAAUACUGUACAACACGAUCAAUUCGACUUUUGUUUCCUUUGUGCUCCCGA